GACCCCGGGCGGCGAGAACGGCCGGACCUCACAAGGCGCCGGAAGCGGCGCCUCUCUGGGCUCUCCCUCGCGCCGUCCAUGCGCAUCGCCCCCGUGGGCGACGACAGCGGUCCGACUCGAGCGACGCCCCGCCGCCGGGAGGGUUCCGCACCGCUUCCACCGCUCCCUGACACCGCCAAGGAAGCCGACAGGAUUGGGGCGUAAAUCGCCAGAGCGCCGGCCGGCGCGGGAACUACCUUUCCCGUGGGGCUUCGCGGCGGCGGGCCGCUGUUGCGCAGGCGCACGCACGGCGUGCGUGGCGGCGUCAGCGGUUCUAGAACGUUGCUGUGGUAGCGCUCGGGCGCCAUGUUAGGACGAAGGGGAAGGAGGAGAAGCGCUUAAAGCGGCGGGAGCGGGUGCGGGAGUGGGGUUGGACCCAGGGCUGAGGCAGGCCCCCCCUCCCUCCCGCCUCAGUGGAUCAUGCCCAGGGCGGCAGCGGCGGCGGUUGCGGGGGGGAAGUGACUGGGCGGUGCCGGCGCAGGAGACGAUGCCGUUUCCAGUUACAACGCAGGGAUCACAACAGACACAGCCGCCACAGAAGCACUAUGGCAUUACCUCUCCCAUCAGCUUAGCAGCCCCCAAGGAGACUGACUGCCUGCUUACACAGAAGCUCAUUGAGACUCUGAAGCCCUUUGGGGUUUUUGAAGAGGAAGAGGAACUGCAGCGCAGGAUUUUAAUUUUGGGGAAAUUAAAUAACCUGGUCAAAGAGUGGAUACGAGAAAUCAGUGAAAGCAAGAAUCUUCCACAGUCUGUAAUUGAAAAUGUUGGUGGGAAAAUUUUUACAUUUGGAUCUUACAGAUUAGGAGUACACACAAAAGGUGCCGAUAUUGAUGCGUUGUGUGUUGCACCAAGACAUGUUGAUCGAAGUGACUUUUUCACCUCAUUCUAUGAUAAGUUGAAAUUGCAGGAAGAAGUGAAAGAUUUAAGAGCUGUUGAAGAGGCAUUUGUACCAGUUAUCAAACUGUGUUUUGAUGGGAUAGAGAUUGAUAUUUUGUUUGCAAGAUUAGCACUGCAGACUAUUCCAGAAGACUUGGACUUACGAGAUGACAGUCUGCUUAAAAAUUUAGAUAUAAGAUGUAUAAGAAGUCUUAACGGUUGCAGGGUAACCGAUGAAAUUUUACAUCUAGUACCAAACAUUGACAACUUCAGGUUAACCCUGAGAGCUAUCAAACUGUGGGCCAAACGCCACAACAUCUAUUCCAAUAUAUUAGGUUUCCUCGGUGGUGUUUCCUGGGCUAUGCUAGUAGCAAGAACUUGCCAGCUUUAUCCAAAUGCAAUAGCAUCAACUCUUGUACAUAAAUUUUUCUUGGUAUUUUCUAAAUGGGAAUGGCCAAAUCCAGUCCUAUUGAAACAGCCUGAAGAAUGCAAUCUUAAUUUGCCUGUAUGGGACCCAAGGGUAAACCCCAGUGAUAGGUACCAUCUUAUGCCUAUAAUUACACCAGCAUACCCACAACAGAACUCCACGUACAAUGUGUCCGUUUCUACACGGAUGGUCAUGGUUGAGGAGUUUAAACAAGGUCUUGCUAUCACAGAUGAAAUUUUGCUGAGUAAGGCAGAGUGGUCCAAACUUUUUGAAGCUCCAAACUUCUUUCAAAAGUACAAGCAUUAUAUUGUACUUCUAGCAAGUGCACCAACAGAAAAACAACGCCUGGAAUGGGUGGGCUUGGUGGAAUCAAAAAUCCGAAUCCUGGUUGGAAGUUUGGAGAAGAAUGAAUUUAUUACACUGGCUCAUGUGAAUCCCCAGUCCUUUCCAGCACCCAAAGAAAAUCCUGACAAGGAAGAAUUUCGCACGAUGUGGGUGAUUGGGUUAGUGUUUAAAAAAACAGAAAACUCUGAAAAUCUCAGUGUUGAUCUCACCUAUGAUAUUCAGUCUUUCACAGAUACAGUUUAUAGGCAAGCAAUAAACAGCAAGAUGUUUGAGGUGGACAUGAAAAUUGCCGCAAUGCAUGUAAAAAGAAAGCAACUCCAUCAACUACUACCUAAUCAUGUGCUUCAGAAAAAGAAAAAGCAUUCAACAGAUGGUGUCAGGUUGACACCUCUGAAUGACAGCAGCCUCGACUUGUCUAUGGACAGUGAUAACAGCAUGUCUGUGCCUUCACCUACUAGUGCUAUGAAGACCAGUCCAUUGAACAGUUCUGGCAGCUCUCAGGGCAGAAACAGUCCUGCUCCAGCUGUAACAGCAGCAUCUGUGACCAACAUACAGGCUACUGAAGUUUCUGUGCCACAAGUAAAUUCCAGUGAAAGCUCAGGGGGUACAUCGAGCGAAAGCAUUCCUCAAACUGCCACACAACCAGCCAUUUCACCACCACCAAAGCCUACUGUUUCCAGAGUUGUUUCUUCAACACGUUUGGUAAACCCGCCACCAAGACCUUCAGGAAAUGCAGCAACAAAGAUACCUAAUCCUAUAGUCGGAGUCAAGAGAACAUCCUCUCCUCAUAAAGAGGAGAGUCCCAAGAAAACCAGAACAGAAGAGGAACAACUUGAUACAGAGACAAGUACAACUCAAUCAGAAACCAUUCAGACAGCGGCUUCUCUGUUGGCUUCUCAGAAAACAUCCAGUACAGACCUUUCUGAUAUCCCUGCUCUCCCUGCAAAUCCUAUUCCUGUUAUCAAGAAUUCAAUAAAACUGAGAUUGAAUCGGUAAAAACAACCUCAGGGGUCCAUAAACAAUAUCUGCCAACUCAACCUGUUGUCUUCAAAUGCUGAAAAAGGAGGAUGGAGGGUACAAGACUAGACAUGACUGAAAUGGAUUAGGUUUUUUGGUGACCUCCCUUACUGGGCUAAUCAGCACUUGAUCGGAAGUCCAGGUUAGUAUGUGAAGCCAGGAGUACUAUUAUUAUUGUGUUAGCAACAGUUGCAUUAACUAUUUCAAAAAAUUACUGCCUUUAAAAAAACAAAAAAACAAAAAAAAAAAAAAAAAAACCUCAAGCUAUAUUUGUAUCCGUAAUUGACAUCUGGACUGGAUUUAUGUUUGAUGCAUUGUUUGGAAAAUUUGCAAUACAAACUGGCAUAAGAAUUCCUUAUUCUGAUGAUGCACUUUUAUGUAUUUUUUUAUUAGAAAGUAGAACUAAUUUUAGAUUUUCAGCUUGAUGGAUUUUCAUUUUUUUCCUGAAGAAUUUCCUUUACCAUUAGUCUUCAAAUUGGAUGCCAUUGUGUGGCGGUGUACUGUUACACUUCAGAGGAGGGGUAGGAGUACAUCUAGUUCAGUCCCUGCCAGGUAGCUGUAACCUUCACAAAUGAAAUGUCAACUCUAGGGUAUAUAUUUGACAUUGAAAGAAUAAUUAGGAAAUACUUUGUUUUGAUGGGGUCAUGAUUAAGAAAUGAUAUAUUGGUUUUAUUUAUAGAAUUGUUUAGAGUGCAUACAGAUCAGCGAUCAGCCAGCAAAUAUUUUUCUUUGAGCUUGUUUAAGCUCCAUAUUCUUUUGCCUUCAAUCUGUUGUCUUUUAAACAAACGAAGCUUUUUGCUCCCUCCCCCUUCUUGUUCUUUUCCCCUCUGCUUAUGUGCAUACGGUAGGACUUAUUUCAUCAAAGACAAAAUGCCAGUAUUUUCUUAAGCCAUGAUGUGAAACCAGUGACCCUGUGGCCACAUGGCACAGAACACUAAAUUUUGGUCCCAUGGCUGUAACUUUAGGGUGACUAAAAAUAAUGCCUGUGAAACAUGAUAUCUCUCUUGGAUGGCCGUUUGAUCUCUAAACAUGAGGAAUUUUGUACACUCCACAGAACUCCUGUCAGUAGUAAAGUUGAUUUUCAAUUUUAAACAUGUGAGCAAAAAGGCAUUUUUUCCAAGAAUUUUAAACUGUAUUUUUAAAUGGUUGACCAAAAUUUGUCAGUGAAUUGUACAUGUAGAAGCAUUUAAAAAUCAUUUCUGACAAGCACUUGACAUCUAGUCAGCUCUCUACUCCUUUUACAUUUUGUUUUCUCCUGUCUAUAGAUUCAGAGCUCCUUUAUGUAAGGGGACUAGUUCCUCGUAAUCAGGCGACAGAAUAUUCAUCUUUACAAACUAUGAGGAUGAUGCCAGAUGUUGAUAAACUUAGUUAUUCUUAAUCGGGACAGAGCCAACCUAACAGAUUUUUCUGAUGAGCAUGUUUUAUGAAUCCUCCAUUGUGCUCCAUUCUAUCACAUGUGCAUUUUUCCUGUUAAACUGCAAUGACUUCAACUCUUCCCCUGUCCUUCUAAAUUGAUUUUCCAAAGUUGGAGUGUAGUCUUUCCCCCCUUAGGCUAUGCAUUAAUUGAGGCUUUCUUUUCACCAUACUUUAUAAUGUCUAGUAUACGAUAUUUCUACUGCCCACAUCUUGGCUCUGCACAGUCACCUUGCCCUUCCUCCCACCACCUAAGAAAAGAGGGUCAGACUAACAGGUGAAGUGUACAAGGUGUCUGUGUGUUUGUGUAGCUUCAGAGUUAGAUUGAAAUUGCCAGGCACAGAUUUAGUCUUUUGUCAUUUUGUUUACACAUUGGGGAAAAAGAAUUCAGUUUAUUAAACGUUUCAUGUAACUGCACCCAAGUUUUGCCAAGCUGGGAACUUGGACCUUUUCUGUGUAGUGACUUUUUAAUUCUAGUUUUCAUAACCUGGAGAUCAGACUGUUGCUUUCGCAUGAUGUACGUAGUGUCUCAUGACUGGAGUUUGCUUUGUUUUAUAGUAUCUGUACUCCUUGUAUUUUUCAAGAGCUAUUUUGUAAACAGAUGAUGUAUUUCUCCAUUGAAAACACAAUAAAAAAAAAACAGCA